CGGACGUGUUUGAUUUGUAGUUUUUUAACGUCCGGUGUAGCGGAGCAGCUGUUAGCUGUUAGCUCACACAGCUAUCUCUAUUUUAACACAGUGUUGAAGAAAAGUGAACAAGAAGCCUGCGACUGUAUUAGCAUAUUAGCACAAUGGCCGCCCCGCUCCCCCUCUCCUCCCUGCGGCUCCUCGUCCCUCCUCUCCGCCUGCUGACGGCGGCCAUGUGGCAGGUGGCACGGCAGCGCAGCGUCAAGCAUUAUGGGAUGCUGGAGGACUUUGUUAUCCUGGUGACGGAGGCGGUCCCGCAGCUGCUGACGGACAGACAGAGGAGUCUGCUGCUGCUGGCGCUGAGGGUGAAGGUGACUCUCGGUGACUCCGUCCCGCCGCCCAUCAUCUUCCACCUGGACAAGAUCCGCUUGGUCUCCGAGGCAACGCAGCCGGACGCUCAAGUCGAUGAAUGUUGUUCUGCUCUGUUGACUCUGACCGAAAACCUGACGCAGAGUCCCGACACCAAAUGGCGCCUCCUGCAGGAAGUGUUCAACCAGAGUUUUGACUCUGCUCUGCAGUCGCUCAUAUCUGACUUCCUGUCCAGGAUAGAACAGCUGUUUCCUGUUCCCGACUUCAAACAGGCUGUUUCCUGGCUGGACGCUGCCCCCGGUGGUGUGGAGUGCUGUCUGCGGGAGGCGGACAGGAAGGAUCUGAGGGAGCUACUGACCAAUCAGAGCUGUCUACUGGGACGGGCAACAACCACAGUGGGUCGUGACACCGAGAACAUCCUCCUCUCUGCCUGGUCCCACCCCUUCUUCACUAACCUGAUCAAUGCCGACCCUCCUCCCAGCGACACAGACGUCCAAUCAGAUCCUCUCCCUGACGUGAUGAGUCCCGUCCAGCCGGACGUAGAGCUGGUGAAGGAGGAGGUGGUGGUGAUGACGGAGGAUGAACAGGACGAGGAGGAGGAGGAGGAGGAGGAGGAAGAGGAGGAGGAGGAGGAGACUGUGAUUGGUGAGAUGAUGUCACCGGUUGAGCAGGAGGCGUCCAAUGAGAGUUCAGCAGCGUGCAGCGACGACAGUUCAGUCGUACCUGUGAUCCUGGAUGCGGACAGGGUGAAGGACUCACCUGGAACCUUAGCAGACCAAUCAGAAAAUGCAGUUGACCAAUCAGAGCAGCCCUCCUCUAAGGUCACAGCUAAUGCUCUGUACAGCAUAUCCCACAAUUCUCAGCGGGUGGCUCAUAAGUGUCCUCAGUGUGGGAAGUGUUUCAUCUACCGUUCUCAGGUGAUCCGUCACCUGCGCACCAAUAAGUCGUGUGGUUCGGCCUUAACGACGACAGGAACUACGAACCCGCAGAGUCUACCUGGCGGUCGUGACGAGGAGCCCCCCCCCCCGGAGCCCCGCCUCCCGGAGCCCCGCCUCGUCAGGUCCUACUCCUGCUUCCAGUGUAACGCCGUCUUCAGGACCAAAGCCGAGCUGCUGUCGCACCAGCGCAGCCACCGGGCCCGGCCCGUGUACCAGUGUGGCCAGUGUGACAAGGAGUUCCACCACCUGUCCAGUCUGACCAAUCACAAGCAGACCCACCUGGACAGAGGCGGGUUCACCUGCAGCAGGUGUGAUAAGGUGUUUGAGUCGGCCAAGGAGAGAGACACCCACCGGCUGCAGCACCGGCUGCCUGACCUCACCUGCACCGUCUGCGACCAGACGUUCAGCUCUCAGACUCAGCUGCUCCGACACCUGCAGACGCACUCGGUGGAGGGCGCCGAGCCGUCGUACAACUGCCGCUUCUGUGACCAAACCUUCUCAGGAGUGACUCAGCUUCGUAUCCACCAGCGAACACACACUUUCCGUUCGUACCAGUGCGACCAGUGCAACAAGACGUACGGCUCUCUGACUGGCCUCCACUCGCACCGAGCGAGUCACUCGAGCGAGAGCCGCUUCCUGUGUCCGCAGUGCGGCAAACGCUUCAAGACCCGCGACGGCUUGGAGGGUCACCUGAGGACGCACACCGGGGAGCGCCCGUACCGCUGCCCCUACUGCCCCAAAGACUUCACCGCGCUCGCCGGCCUCAACGUGCACGUGCGGCGGCACACCGGGGAGCGGCCGUACGUGUGCACGGUGUGCGGGAAGGGCUGGCCGUCUGGAGGCGACCUGCAGAAACACAUGAGGACGCACACGGGUGAACGACCGUACACCUGUCCAGAAUGCGGCAAAGCCUUCUCCAUUUCCUGUCACCUGACCGAACACCGGCGGAUACACACCGGAGAGAAGCCGUUCUCGUGUCCUGAAUGUGGUAAAUGUUUAAGGAGGAAGUUUGAUCUGAAUAAACACAUGUUGUCUCACAACAACAUCCGUCCGUACGCCUGUGUUUACUGUCCCAAGAGCUACACCCGCAAAACUCACCUCAACAGACACCUGCUGACACACCGGACUGCCAGCGGCGAAGUGGUCGUAGAAACAGGCGACGAGGCCUGACGUGUUUCCUCUCUCGUGUUAAUAAACUGUUUGUUCUUGUUGGUUUGAAACUCUAAAAGGAUCAUAAAGGUAUUUUUACAUACAUGUUUUGUGAAAUUCAAAUCUCAUGUUCUGUUCUUUCUGAUCAUUUUCCAAAUCAUCCAUCAGUUUUGUAAUUUCUGUUCUGCACAGAGAUGUUGUUUUGUCAGAUGUGUGGUUUUUUUGGACUUGCUGUAGUUCGGUUGUGAAGAGGAACUGUUGACUCUGAAACUGUGGUUUUCUUCGGAAGUAGCACUGAAACGAUUGACAAUAAUUUUGAUAAUCACUUAAUUGUUUGAGUCAUUUAUCAAACAAAAAAAACACCAAACAUUUCCAGCUUCUCCAAUGUGAAGAUUUGCUGUUUCAUUUUCUUGUAAACUGAAUAUGUUUGAGUUUGGACUGUUGAAGACGUCACAUGGACAUUUUUUUUGACUGUUUUCAGGCAUUUUAUGGACUAAAUGACUAUUCAGUGAACCAUAAAAUCAAUGAUCGAUAAUGAGAACAGUACAACGUACACGCGAGAAGAUUUUUCAGCGUUGUUGCUGAAAGUUAAUCAGCAUGAUCUGGUCUCAGGAGUUGUGUGACUUCCACCAACAAACAAAAAAAAAGGUACAUUUCCUACGUUUCUCUGUAUAUUAUACCGACACUUUAUGAUUAACGUGAAGUUGUGUGUUGCUUCCUCAAUCUCUCACGAUAACUGUGGUCAGAAAUAAGUGUUUGACUUGUAUUAUAAUGUCUUUACUGAGCAUCACAUUCAGUUUGAUAGAUUUAAACCUCAGAUAUAAAGACAGAUGAGGAAGCAUUUAAUGAAUAAACAUCUGCUGACUGAUCUGUGGACACUUUCUGUCUCCAGGUGAGCUAAUGUUGCGUUUAAGUCGUAAGUUGGUUCAUAUAACACUAAAUCCUUUUAUUAUGUUGAACCACAGACUUUGGAUGGUGUGAGGCGACCAAAUUUGUGUCAAGCACCAAAUCGGAAGCUCAGAAAAAUCUGUUUAAAAGUCAUAAUUAUGACUUGAAUCUUGGUGAAAAAGCUGUUUACAGGUCGUGAAACUGGUAUCACGGUAACUCUAAUACGACAUGAGUUAUGCAAAAGUCAUAAGUUAGAUUGGUUGAUUCCACCCCUCACAUCGACGCUCCGCCCCUCUUGAGCCUUCAAGGAGCAGGAUUUUUUUUUGAUGAUGUCAUUGAUGUGGUUCACUGAGGUCAUGAGGAGCUGGACGGGUUCAUGAUUCUCACAAACAAGUGUAAAAAUAUAAAAAAAAGAACUGUUAUUUUCUUGUAUUUGAUUGUGAGCACUAUUCAUUUUAACCUGGUAAACUGAUUAUUACCAGAAGGUAACAGUGAAAACUGAGCAUUAUGGGACAUCAGUGUUUGUGUUGCCAUGGAGAUUUUCUAUCCAUAUACUGUGCUUUGUUUGUAUAAAAGCUGCUAUGUCAAAUGUUC